AACGGACAUUAAACUCUAUACUAAAAGUUGUUUCUCCGGUAUAUCAGCCUGGGGAUUCCUCAGAACGCUAAUGAUAUUAGCAACGACCUCGACUUCUUAGUUUUAUUUUUAACUUAUAAUCGCUAGUAUCAUGGUACUGUUAGAGAUUUCGACCAUUAUUUUACUAUUAGGACUGAGUACCACUGUGAUAGCUCAAUAUGAAGUACCUGAGGCCACUGUUGAAGUCUACACACCAAGAGGUUUUAGGGUAUCUAUCCCAGAUGAGGAAGGAAUCAAGUUGUUUGCUUUUCAUGCCAAAAUCAAUGAGGAGAUGAACGGUAGGGAGGCAGGUACAUUUUCUAGAGACAUUACCAAAGCUAAAGAUGGCAGAUGGACAUUCUAUGAUACACAGGCUAAGCUAAAUGUUGGAGAUAUAUUAUAUUACUGGACAUUCGUUGACUAUUUUGACGGCACGAGGAAGCUAGGAUAUGUCAGGGAUGACCAGACUUUUACAGUAACAGAACUGUUGCCCAAGCCGGGUGCAAACAAACCUGUUACUACAAAACCGGUAGAUCCAAAUGUAUGCGUACCAUCGGCCACUACUGUGAAAGGACAGGCUGCUUGUAAAGGACGAGUUAUUUUUGAGAGUCAAUUCAAUAACUUUCAAGAAGAGAAAAGCAAGUAUUGGACUGUUACCACGAAAUUUGCCACAGGUCCGGACUACGAAUUUGUUGUGUACCAGGACCAUCCAAAAACACUCUCGGUGAUGAACGGCCAUCUUGUCAUCACUCCUCGUUUAACAGAAGACAUUUAUGGUAAAGGUUUUAUCAAUCAAAGUACACCUUUUGAUUUAGGAGAACAGUGCACUGGUAUUAGAUCAUCUCCAGAAUGUACGCAAACAUCUCAAGGCUGGUAUAUUAUUGCACCAGUUGUUUCCUCACAAAUUACUACUAAAGGAAAGUUCUCAUUCAAAUAUGGCAAGAUAGAAAUCAGAGCUAAACUACCCAAGGGCGAUUGGCUCUACCCUGAGCUUUUUCUCAAUCCCGAAGUAGAAGAAUACGGCAAAGGUUACGAGUCUGGUCAAAUAAGAGUUGCCUAUUCUGCAGGAAAUGCCGAUUCCAACAAGAAACUGGAAGGUGGUGCCAUCUUAGGAGGAAAUACGGCAGCUAGGAACUACGCCAUUAAAGUAACUGAGCGUGUCUCUCCCUGGGGAGAUGAUUUUCAUACCUAUACAGUUCUAUGGACGCCAGACCAAAUUACUUUGAGUGUUGAUGAUACAACUUAUGGAAGAAUCUUUCCUCCAGAGAGUGGAUUCUCCAGUUUGAGUUCUAAUUUACGUAUCACUAACGCGAAUAGAUGGAAAAGUGGUACCAAAAUGGCUCCGUUUGAUAAAGAGAUGUACAUUAUGAUUGGUGUGGGUGCCGGCGGUCACAACUUUGAAGACCGUUCUGAUGGCUCUAAACCCUGGAAGAACCCCGCCAAAGAAAGCCAGAGGGACUUUUACAAUGCCCACGGGACUUGGUUUUCCACCUGGGGCAAUGAUGCCAAGCUGGAAGUAGACUACGUGAAAAUAUGGGCAUUGUACCGUUUCACAUUGGCGCGAUCGAGUUUUGGAGACGAAGCGACCUGGCGGCGUUCUAUUCUGCGGUGGCGAUCAGAUUGCGGUGGCGACACAACGAGGUAUUUUCAGACCCAAUUCAGACCUUAUUCAGACCCAAGAUAUUAUGCAUAUAAAGGACUGACAAGUUUAAGAGUACUAAUCGUGAGUUUAUCAGAACAAAAAAUGCGUUUAAACAGUGUGGAGAUCUGUAUUAUUGCUGUGGCAAUAUUGGUACUGCCCCAUUGUAGCAAUUGCAAGCGCAAGAAACAACACAAGUUAAGAAAUAAAAAAGAAAUAGUGUUCUUCGAGAAUUUUAACAGUUUAGACUUGAAUGUAUGGAAUUAUGAUCCUAAUACCCAAGAACAUGCAGAUGAAUUUCAACUUUAUACAAAUAGUAGUAACAAUAGUUAUGUAGAAGACGGAUUCUUACACAUUAGACCUACGAUUGAGAUUGACGAAAAUGCCCUAAACGACACAUCUGAAAAUUUCCACGCAAUACGUAGCGCCAGAAUCAGUACCAAAAACUCUUUCUACUUCACUUACGGUAUUGUAGAAAUCCGAGCGAGACUGCCUAUAGGAGAUUGGCUAUUUCCAGCUCUAUGGUUGAUGCCUAAAGACAACGUUUAUGACACGUGGCCUUUGUCCGGAGAAAUAGACGUCAUCGAAGCCAAAGGCAACAGAAACCUAAACGAUAGUGCGGGAGAACCAAUAGGUAUAGGGCAAGUGGGUUCAACCUUGCAUUUUGGGCCUAGCAAAUCAUUGGAUGGCUGGAGAUAUGCUCAUUUUAUAAAGAACAACGAUUCGUACUAUAGCUCUGAUUUCCAUACGUACAAGUUGGUUUGGACUCCUGAGAAUAUUACAUUUCUUGUGGACGAGAAUAGCUUGGGAACUGUUAGUCCACCGAGCGGUGGAUUUUUUGAACUAGGAAAAUUCUCCAGUAAUGCAACCAAUCCAUGGGUUAAUGGUACAAUAAUGGCACCAUUCGAUCAAGAUUUCUACCUAAUCAUUAAUUUGGCUGUGGGUGGAACUCACUUUUUCUCGGACAAUAACAUAAACCAAGGUGGAAAACCGUGGUCUAAUAAUGACACGGAUCCAGGAUUGGAAUUCUGGAACGGCAAAGAUCAAUGGUUACCCACCUGGGAUUUGCAAGGAAACACUACCCAUUUUAUUGUAGACUAUGUCAAAGUAUGGUCGUUGUAA